AUGACUCUAGAAGCAGCGACAUUAUUUACCUUGUUUGCAGACGGUCCAUACUUUCGUCGUCUUCCAGCUGAUACCGACUUAACGUCAGACGAUAAUAAUCUCAUAGCGGAUUAUCUGGCCGCAUUUGAUGUAAAAAUUAAAGUUGGAGAAGGCAAUGACUCUGCUAUAUUCUUGGCCUGUUCCGAUGUAUUAUGCUCAAGAUCACAAUAUUUUUAUGCCUCGCUCUCAAAUACCGUGAUAACGGAAGAAGACUUGUUCUUUAUACUGGAGAAACCACAUAUCAGAGCUGAUACAUUUGAAGAUAUUCUGAGAUACAUUUGCACGGGAGCUACAAACAUCGAUCAGCUCGACGCCUCAACACUAUUUGAACUUUUAAAAGCAGCUGACGAACUGCUCCUAUACGAUUUGGUUGAAGGCAUAAAAACGGUCUUUUUCCGUCGAUACCAAAAAUGUCAACCCGACUCGCCAGUAACAAUAUUGAACGAAGUUUUUCAACAGUCACUAACAAGCGACUUUGAAGAUUUGGUUCGCAAUUUGAUAGAAGAGAAUCCCUGGGCAUUAUACAAGUCACCGGAUUUACAUUAUGUAAGCGAGGCAACUAUGCAACGGCUGGCUGAGCAUGCAAAUGCCAAUGGGAGUCAGGGCGUCAUUCUCGACAUUAUUAUCAAAUGGGGCAUACGCAAGAACCAGCAGUUACCAAUGUCCAUCUCACAAUGGAAACGCAAAGAGUUUACGAUACUAAAACGAACAAUUAAACGAGUCAUUAACUUUUUACGCUUCACUGAUCGUGUCAACGGAUAUGCUAAUGCAGCAUUGAUACCGUUCGAGAUGAUCGCACCCACAAAAAUGGUUAAGCAGUUACGAGCAGCAGGAGCUCUACCCAUGGGACCAUUUCAUCCAUGUUUGCAAGUUCCCAAUACGAAUCUUAUCUCUGAUGAAUUAGCCGAUCGACUGUUGGAACAAUUGCACGGCGGAGAUGGUGUAUGGUUUCAACCAUCCAAAAAUGGUAAGCCGCUCUUCAAGACUUUGUUUGCAUCAAAGUCUAAAUUAGGUAUUUCGUCAGCACACCUUCCGCCAAAGAGAACCGUUGCAUACAGACUAUUAAUUAGGUGUGUAAGCAAACAACGCACGUUCUACACCAAGUUUGAUGAUCGAGGCAUCAUACGCGCACCAACACUCAUACUUGCCAGAAGGGAGAACUCAUCCCAGGUAGUCGGCGGAUAUGCAGCGGAAGGUGUAACUAAUCCGCAACAGGCGGUGUGUGGAGAAUCUAAAGAUUCGUUCAUUUUCUCAUUUCCAUCUUGGAACAUUGAUGAGAGUACGGGAGAAUUGGCUGAUGAUGUUGAUGAACCGCAAUGGCAAGAUCGUGGAAUAUGUCGCGGUAAUAUUAAAUUAGACCUCGAUGGCAAGAACAUCACAGUAAAGCCAGACUAUUAUGUUGGAAAAGAUUUUAUCGGCAGGCCAAAGGAAUUGGACAUUCAGUUUGAAGAAUGCGAGAUGCUCGAAGUACAUAAAGAAGAAAUAGAGCUUGCUGUUGGUUGUUAG